UUGUGCUGCUAUCAGUCUCUCAGGCGCUGCACACACUCACUGCGUGUUUGAGCUAGUAAAAGGAUUUACGUGCGAAUUACGCACUAGAUAGUCGAAUAUAUUUAUUAGUUAGUGUUUAUAAGACGAUACUGCACCUUUAUUUGAUGAGGUUUAUUAUUAUAGAAUAGAAAAAAGAGAGGCCAGAGUCCCUUAAAUAUUAAUAUAUAAAUUAUGUGUAAGUGACAGAUAAAGCAGGGUAUAGAGAUUAAAGAGGCAAAUCGAUUUAUUUUUUUAUUUUUUUUAUUUGCUAGAUGAAAUAUUUAAUUUCUCAGGAUUAGCCAUCAGAGCUGCACGGACGAGAUGAGAUCAUAAUGGCUAUAAAUAUCUGGCAAUUUAUUUAACAUUUAAACUUAACUAAAUAAGCCAGUUAUUUUUUUCUCAGCUCCUUAUUUCAAGUAUUAAAAUAAUAAUAAUUUAAAAAAGUUUAUUUUUUAAUAGGUUUGUGAGCUCUGUUUCUGUGUGCUAGCAUCAGCUUUAGCAUCCACAUACUAAACACGAAUGAAAAGGGUUUAACGUUAGCGAUUAAAAUAGUAAAACUGUACUUGAAAUCCUAACAUUGUCAUCGGGCAUGUAUUUAUUGUUUUGAAAUAGAGAUGGUGAGUGGACAGUGGUCAGAUCAGUGUAAAUCGGUCUUGUUGAUCUGAAGAUAUUAGCCGUUGUGCUAACACGAAGGACAUCAGGAGUAUUUUAAACCAAAACAUUUACGUUACCUAUUUAUUUACUCGUGUAUUCAUAAGGAAAUAUAUGAAAUCGUCGUGGAAGAAGGAAGAUACAACAACAGGGCUUUCCUUUCCUUGAGGUGGAAUUGACAUCAGAAGGCUGCGUGGAGGACUGCUCCGAGCGCUCCUGAGGUGGGAUCUGUCGGCAGGUGUGUCAGCGGGCUGGCUCCUCCCCCUCCCGGCGGCAGCCUGCGCUCUCAGCCGCCCCCUUGCAGCCCCCGCUCGCCAGGCCUGCGCGCCCGAGCCCAUGCUCCCAGCUCAAACGCCAUGUGUGUCCCGCACACGAUGGAGGCGGGCAAGCACAGCGCUAGCCAGGGGCCGGGCAGCCGCGACGGGGUUCCCCUGGAGCCCUUCAUACACCAGGUGGGCGGCCACACCAGCAUGAUGCGUUAUGAUGACCACACCGUCUGCAAGCCACUCAUCGCCCGCGAGCAAAGGUUUUACGAGUCCCUGCCACCGGAGAUGAAGGAGUUCACCCCGGAGUACAAAGGCGUGGUGCUGGUUUGUUUCGAGGGCGACUCUGACGGCUACAUUAAUCUGGUGGCGUACCCGUAUGAAGAGAGCGAGGGUCUGGAUCACGAGGAGCUGUCGGAGAGAGAUCAGCCUCGCCGGAAACACUCUCGCCGUAGCCUGCACCGCUCCAGCAGCGAGAUUAAGGAGGACCGGCCCGCACACGACACCGACGGCACCGACAGUCUGCAGGAGUUGAAGAGUCCUCUUCUGGAUCUCCAUAUGCAUUCGGAUGUGCCGUUCCAGAUGCUGGACAGCAACAGUGGCCUGAGCUCAGAGAAGAUCAGCCACAACCCCUGGAGUCUGCGCUGCCACCGCCAGCAGCUCAGCCGCAUGCGCUCCGAGUCCAAGGACAGGAAGCUCUACAAGUUCCUGCUGCUGGAGAACGUGGUCCACCACUUCAGCUGCCCAUGCAUCUUGGACCUGAAGAUGGGCACGCGGCAGCACGGGGACGACGCCUCCGAGGAGAAGGCCGCCCGCCAGAUGAAGAAGUGCGAGCAGAGCACGUCUGCCACGCUAGGAGUGCGUGUGUGUGGCAUGCAGGUGUUCCAGAUGGACACGGGUCACUAUUUAUGCCGGAACAAGUACUACGGCCGGGGUCUCUCCACCGAGGGCUUUCGAAACGCACUCUUUCAGUUCAUGCACAAUGGGACGCAGCUGCGCAAGGACCUUUUAGAGCCCAUCCUGAGCAAACUGUGCAGCCUGAAGAGUGUGCUGGAGCGCCAGGCCUCGUACCGCUUCUACUCCAGCUCUCUGCUCAUCAUCUACGAGGGCAAGGACCCGGAGUGUGUCGCAGACCCCUCGGAGGAGAGCCAGGCCUCUCAGGACAAGCCUCGGGCACUGAGUGUGGACGUGCGCAUGAUAGACUUCGCCCACAGCACAUUCAAGGGUUUCCGGGAUGACCAAACCGUCCACGACGGCCCGGACCGCGGAUACGUGCUCGGACUCGAGAGCCUCAUCAACAUCUUGCAGCAGAUCCGCGAGGAGAACCAGUAGCCAACCGGUCGGCCCUUCGGCUGCAGUCCAACAUGCGAAGCUACUCCCUCCAGACUGUUGACAUUUUCAUAGAAAAGCAACGAUGUUUAUAAAUAUUGCACAUUACGCAAACCUAAA